AUGGAGCCUAAUCAUCCGUUAAUCGCUGCUUGGACAUCCACCCCGAUCCCGGACCUCUCUCUCUCUGCCGGCGGCUUACUUGCGCUCGCGGACUUAAACACUAUCGCCCAGCGCACGGCGAUUGCUGGCGGAUCAUCGUGGCUAGACGCCUUUGUGCUCGCGCCUGGUCUGCAUUACCAACAGGCGGCGGACUUGCUGACACCUGAAUAUGGAUCCGGGAGACUGGUGCUUUCGACGCUGGACGGCGGGGCGAGGCAGUUCGUCGUGAGCAAUGUCGCCAUGGUGAAGUACCUGCGGAGAUUAUGGGAGAGGGAAGGCAAGUACGGAGUUGUGACGCUGUAUGUCAGGGCGGAGAAUGGCGUGGGAGGGAUAUCGUUUUCGUCGUCGUUGUCGUUAUUGCUGGGGAGGGACGAUUCGCGGAGGAGGAGUCAGAGGCGGUGGCAGAGAGAUUUGAGGAGGCAGCUUGAGAAGGAGCACAAGAGUCAUGUUAGGGAGGUUCUGGAGAUGGAUUGGGUGAGCCACGCGCUGUAUUUGCUGAGUCCGUUACUCACGGUGACGGCGAUUGUGUUUAUGGUGUUGUUGCAGGAUUGGUGGGGGUUGGGGUUCUUGAUUGCGCUCAUGGUGUCAAGGUUGGCGAACAUUUGGGCGAUUAAGGAGCGUGCGAGGCCGGGGGGUUCGCCGCCGCCGCCGUUGCCUCCCUUGGAUGAUGACGAGAAGCCCAAAUCACCACCACCUCCUCCGCCGGGUUAUCCUCCUCCUGCUGCUGCGCAGGGGAUAUUGCCGACGGCUGUGGGGGAGUCGAAGCAGAGCCUGGCGCUGCCGCUCACGUUCAAGCGACAAGAUUCGAGCAUGACGCAAUACACCAUCGACUGGGGCGACAACCGGCGCGUGAUCCUCAAAGGCGAGGACGCAGACCUACGAGCCGUCACGACCGAAGCCUGGCUGCGCGCGAAGACCACUCUAGAAGGCUAUCUCGAGGCAAUGUCCAAGCUCAUCGUCUACAUGGUGGCUUCUCUAAGCGGCAAUCUCUCUCAGGCGGGCGCCGUGGUCCUCAUGUCGCUACUGCUCGUCAGCGCGGGCCUCCUCGGACUGAGCAACGCCCACGCGACGAGCAUGCAGAUGCACGGUCGGCGGGUUGGGCGGUUGAAGGUGGAAAAGGUCAAGAUUGCGCCGCUGGACCCGGGCAUGGCGGUGUCUGGGCAGGUGGACACGACGGCGGACGGGAUGCCUGUUCACAUUGUGCCGGUGGUUAGUAACUGA